AUGUUGUCUGAGAUUCAUUCGAAUGGCUCUCAUUUCACCUGGUCUAACAAGCAAAAGGAGGGAUCUAGAAUUUUCUCUAAAUUGGACAGAUGUUUUGUCAAUGAAAAGUGGAUAGAUGCUCUUCCCGAUUUUGAAGUUCGAAUUAAUUGGGACACUAUUUCUGAUCAAUGUUUUUGCAUUAUCAAAACUGUCCAGUUUCAUAUUUCAGGGGUCAGACCCUUCAGGUUUUUUAAUAUGUGGACUAAGCAGAAGGAUUUUAGGAAUGAAGUUCUUAGUAUUUGGACUAAAAAGACUGGUGGUAUUGGGUUAUUUCAGAUUACUCAGAAAUUAAGGAGGCUUAAACCUACGUUAUCUAAGUUUAAUCAGAAGAAAAUUGAGGACGUUGUUCAGCUGUAUGUAGCUGCUAAGGUGAAUUAUGAGAAGGCCCAGCUUUUAUUACAGCAAUAUCCUGAGUCGAGAGUUCUACAGCAGGAAGAGCAAGAGGCUCAUGAUGAUUUUGUUAGUAAGUCUAAAAUGUAUGAGAGCUUUCUUCGUCAAAAGAGCAAAAUUAAUUGGCUCCGUUUUGGAGAUGAAAACACUGCUUAUUUUCAUGCUAGUCUUAAGCAUAGGAGGAUUAGGAACCGCAUUACUUAUUUUUUGAAUGAAGAGGGUCUGAUGAUUGAUAAUAAUGAAGAAGUGGUUGCUCAUUUCUUCAAUCAUUUCAAAGGUUUUCUUGGCAAGGGAAGCUCAGCAACCAGUCGGGCAAACAAGUCUUGUAUCCAGCAAGGGUAUGUUCUAAACUUAGAGCAGCAACUGAAUUUGAUCCAGCCUUUUUCUAAGAAGGAUGUUAAGAGGGCGUUAUUUAGUAUUUCUUCGAUCAAGAGCCCGGGUCCAGAUGGCUUUGGUUCUAGUUUUUAUAAAGCUCUUUGGAAAGAUUUAGGGGAUGACAUCUCUAAGGCGAUAUUGCAAUUCUUUGAGCAUGGAGAGAUUCCGGCAGAGUUGAAUAGCACCAUUUUGUCCUUAAUCCCUAAGGUUGUUUCUCCUGUUUCAGCUGUUGAUUAUAGACCUAUAGCUUGCUGCAAUACGCUUUAUAAAUGCAUAUUAAAGAUGCUUUGUUUCAAGUUGGCUAAAGAACCUAGGUGUUUGAUUAAAAUCGAUUUGAGCAAGGCUUAUGAUUCAAUAAAUUGGGUUUUUUUGGAGGAUAUAUUGGCUGCUUUCUGUCUUCCUAGUAAGUUUAUUCAGUGGAUCAUGAUUUGCUUGACUGAUACUUCUUAUUCUUUAAUGAUGAAUGGGAGAUUACAAGAUGAUUUGAUCCUAUUCUGUAAGGGAACCUUCAAAUCUGUUAAACUUCUAAUGGAGGGUUUUUUGAGAUUUAGUCAGAGUUCAGGGCUGUCUGCUAACCUGACCAAAUCUCACAUUUACUUUGGGGGUGUGGCGGCUGAUGUUAAGAAUAACAUUCUGAGUUCAAUUGUGAUUGAAGAAGGGCAAUUUCCCUUGAAAUAUCUGGGAGUUAAUCUGAAACCCACUAGAUGGCAAGUUGCUGAUUGUAGUGAGAUUAUCAAGAAGGUGCAAGCUAGACUCCAUGUUUGGGCGAGUAGACACUUAUCCUUUGCAGGGAGAACUCAUUUGAUUUUCUCGGUUUUACUGGGUAUUCGAAACUAUUGGAUGCAAAUUUUUAUGCUUCCUAUUAGUGUUAUUCAAGAAAUUGAUAGGAUUUGUCGUAAUUUUUUAUGGGGUGCCAAUGGCCAUCGUAGUAAGUUUUAUUGCUCCUCUUGGUCUCAAGUUUGUCUCCCUAAAUCAUUAGGUGGUUUGGGUUUUAAAGAGGGUUCUAAUUGGAACAAAGUUUUACUGGCCAAGUUCAUUUGGGCUGUGUCUUCGAAGCAAGAUGUUUUAUUGCUGAAACCUGAUGUGAGCUGGUACUGGCGCAAGCUUUGCUAUUUGAGAGAGGAAUUUUCUGAAGCUAAGGUUUGGGAGCUGACUAAAGGUUGGUUAGGCUCUGCCAUUUGGCCCAAGACAUUUGUUCAUUUGAAGCUGUGGUUAGAAGGGAAGCCCAUAAAUCUUGUGCACCACAUUAUUGUUGCUUCCUUGGCUACUGCGUGUUGUUAG